UAAUCUAUAGUUUAAAAAAAUAUGAUAUAUAUUUCUUAUAUAUUUGUUAAUCUUUAAAAUAAAGUAAAUAUAAAGAAAUAAAAUUUUACUAUGCAUGAAUAUAAUGAAGAAGGACAAUUUAGUGACACUGAUGAAACUGAGACAAAAUUAAAAAUGUGUGAAGGACAACCAUCAUUUCAUUGUGAACUAUCCAAAAAUAUUCAUAAAUUAUAUAUUUCAAAUAAUGAAAAAGAGGAAGAUGAUGACAAUGAUAAUUUAGAUAAUGACGAUUUUAGUUGGAAUGAAGAUCUUAUUCAAAAUCGAACUGCUUCAAAAAAUAUUGUCAAAAAUAUUCAAACACAAAAUAUUAAUGCACAAAAUAUAUCUGAUAAAAUUACUAAUUAUCAGCCAUUAGAUAAAUUAUUUCGUCGUUAUGCUAAUAAAAUUAAUAUUGAAAAAUAUGAAGGUCCCAUUUUACCAGGACAUGCAGCAAAUCUUCUUAUUGAAAAUGAUAAGCGUGUAGAAAAAGAUAGAUUUAGAACAAAAGACAAACAUGAUCGUGCAACUGUUGAACAAGUUUUAGAUCCUCGUACAAGAAUGAUACUAUUUAAACUUUUAAAUCAGGGUAUAAUUGCAGAAAUUAAUGGAUGUAUUUCAACUGGAAAAGAAGCUAAUGUUUAUCAUGCAAUAUCAAAAACAGGAAUAGAAUUUGCAAUAAAAAUAUAUAAAACAUCAAUUUUACAUUUUAAGGAUAGAGAUAAAUAUGUCACUGGAGAAUUUCGUUUUCGUCAUGGAUAUUGUCGUCAUAAUCCACGAAAGAUGGUACGAACAUGGGCAGAGAAAGAAUUUAGAAAUUUAAUACGUCUUCAACAAGGAGAUGUAAAUGCUCCAAAACCAAUUUUACUACGUAGUCAUGUACUAUUAAUGGAUUUCAUAGGUACUAAUGGUUGGCCAUCAUCAAAAUUAAAAGAUGUUGUUUUAACUGCUUCUAAACCAAGAAAAUUAUAUAGAGAAUGUAUUGAAAUAAUGUGGAAACUAUAUAAUAAAUGUAAACUUGUUCAUGCUGAUUUAAGUGAAUAUAAUAUGUUAUAUCAUAAUGGAUCUAUUAUAAUAAUAGAUGUAUCACAAGCAGUUGAACAUGAUCAUCCUAUGGCACUUGAAUUUCUUAGAAAAGAUUGUACAAAUAUAACUGAAUUUUUUAAGAAAAAUGAAGUAGCUGUGAUGACUGUUAAGGCAUUAUUUAAUUUUAUAACAGAUCCAACAAUAACUGAAGAAAAUAUGGAUAAGUAUUUAGAUACAAUAUCAGAACAAAUGACACAGCAAUGUGAUCAAUGUAUUGAUCCUGAACAGCAAAUAGAAGAACAAGUAUUUAAGCAAGUUUAUAUUCCACAAAACUUAAGUCAGGUGAUUGAUAUUGAGCGUGAUAUUAAACUUGCAAAAACAGGAAAAGGAGAUUUGAUAUAUAAAACUCUUGUUGGUUUAAAAUCAGAUUUAUCUAAACCUAUUGAUACUCCUGAAAUUCUUAAUGAAAGAUCUAAAAAAAUAAAUAAUAUAGAAGAAAAAGAUAAUUUAUCUGAGAAAAGUAAUAAUUCUGAAGAUAGUGAAGAAGAAGAUAUACAAAAUGAAUCAAAGUUUGUUAAUUCAGCUCGACCUCGACAUGAGAGUCCAGAUAGUAAAAAGGCACGAAAAAAAGCAGUGAAAGAACAACAGGCUGAAAAAAGAAAAACUAAAAUAAAAAAGCAUAUUAAAAAAAGGAAAGAAAAAGUACUAAAGAAGAAAUAA